CAACGGUCCUGAUUAAUUUGGCUAAUUUAAGUACAAUUCUGAGUUGUGAGCAGCCGAUGAGUAGAGUAUCAGUUGCAGAAUCACCACUAAAUUAUUGCCAUAUCCAAAACGAAGCAUUCGACUCAGAUAUCGUAUCCGUUUGAUUUGCUUCACUACCAGACGCGGGUUAAGCCAGUUGGUUAGGAAGCGUGCACGUCCCUCCACCCGAAGUUUGAAUCCCGCUCCCCGCAGGUUAAACUAUUGAAUCCUGAAUCAGCAAGCAUGGUUCUGAAUUCUUGUUCUUGACAUGACGAGCAUAAUUUCAAGCCACCGUUGUAGUUGGUCGUUUGGAGUUCAGGAGACUGUUAACGUAGGAAAAGGAUUCAACAAGGUUUUGUUUCCGGGAUGUAAUGGUUCAUACUUCCCUUCAAGAGGAUUGGGUUUUUCCACCGGUAAUUGCCACAUUCGUCAUCAAAGCAAUCGGAGACAUAGGCCCAUCUUUUCGAGUACAACAGAUGAUGGCAACGACAUAAAUCCAGAUGACUCGGAAGAUCCCAGUGAUGCAAAAGAAACUGGAGGGGUGGAUAAAAAUGAAAUGCUGAGAGAGAAUCUUGAAAGACUGGUUGGUAGAGAUGAUUCCGCGUUUAGCGGGAUAGACCUCGCAACUCUUAUUAGGAACAAGUAUGGCAGGUCCUAUGACGUUCAACUCAUCAAGAAGGAGUUCCUUGGAAGAAAUCUCCUUGCUUUGAAUGUCAUGUGGAAGUAUAUGGAGCAGAGAUCGUUUCCACUGACGGAAGAAGAGUAUCUGUUGAGGCUCGACGAUGUUGCAAACACGUUGAAAUGCUGGGGAGCUGUGUCCCAUAUCCGAAAUAGCCUAGCAACGGUGAAAGAGAGGCCUCGGAUAGGAAAGGCAGUUAGCAUUUUCAUAGACAUGGACGAGUCUGGAGGGCGUGCAAAUGAAUGGAUUUACAAGUAAAUUUGGGCAAGAGUUUGGAGUUGAAAGCAAAUUGAACGCUUGUUUGCAUAUUUAUGCAGCAUAUGAAAGCUCAGAGCAUCUAGAUUAAUUAGCUAUAUAGCACAAAUACGUCAGUCAGAGAGACUUGUUUGAUGACCGACACAAAUGUUCAGUAUAAAUAUAUAUAUUUUUUAACAAAUGAUAUUAUCUAUAUUAAGGA